GUUUUCAUUCUGGUGUUCAGUCUGGACAACCGUGAGUCUUUCCACGAGGUGCAGCGGCUCAAACAGCAGAUCUACGAGACCAAAUCCUGCCUUAAAAACAAGACCAAAGAGAACGUGGAUGUGCCUCUGGUGAUCUGCGGGAACAAGGGCGACCGCGAGUUUUACCGCGAGGUUCAACGCGACGAGAUCGAGCAACUGAUCGCAGGGGACGAGCAAUGCGCGUACUUCGAGAUCUCCGCCAAGAGGAACACGAACGUCGACCAGAUGUUUCAGAGACUCUUUGCUCUCGCAAAACUACCCAACGAGAUGAGCCCGGACCUCCAUCGCAAGGUUUCCGUGCAGUACUGUGACAUUCUCCACAAAAAGUCUUUUAGAAGCAAGAAGGUGAAGGACGGAGACGCGUACGGGAUCGUUGCGCCUUUUGCGCGCCGCCCGAGCGUCCACAGUGACUUAAUGUACAUUAAAGAGAAGACGAUAGGAGGCGGACAGACCAAAGACAAAGAAAGAUGCAGUAUUAGCUAAAACCGAGCCGUUUAUAGAACUGCUACGGUUAUUAUUAGAAGCACACGGUUGUUGUGCCAAUCCCGGUGACUCCGAAAGAGUCGCGGUCGAACCGGUACAAGUCAUCGGCUGCUGCAGCUCUCACCUCGCGACGUGGACGCGCAUGUAAUCUCGCGAGAUCUCCUGUACAGAAUAGCGACUUUGUUCUGUUCAGUCUGAGCGCUCUGUGAUGUGGCUUGCAAGUAUCAACUCCAUGCUUAAAAAUGUGCUUUGUUUGAAACAUUUGCCUUUUUUGGGUGCUGAACGGAGUUGCAAUGUCAGCUGUUUACUUUUUUUUGUUUUUUUGGAGAAAGAAAUCAACUUGAAUGUUUUAUUGCAUUUUGAACAAUUUUUUUUAUUGUCAAUGAAUGUAUAUUUAUUCUUCUAUGUCAUUGUUGAAUUGAACACAUUGGAAAACUUGAAAUAAAAAACUUUGUCAA